GUUUUACAAGAAAUAUAAGGAAGAAAUGUAAUUAAGCAAGAAUUUGUCUCGGAGCGGCGGGUAAAACUCAGAAACCGACAUUGAAACGUCGUAGGCACCGAGUUUCGGCCAUGUUAAUCUCCCCAAAGUUUGCCGGCCACCGACGGCGGGUCUACACCACAAUCAACUUCACCCACUUGUUCUCAACCACCGCCGCCUCCGCCGCCGCCGCCGCCGAUGAUGAUGACCCCUUCAAAACGCACCCAUCGUACCAGCACCUCGCCACCAUCAAAUCCAAAUCGGAGCUUCUCCAAUCCUACACCGUCACCCCACCCAUCAAACCGUGGCCCCGAUACCUGUCCCAUAAAAAUCUCAUCUCACUCGUCAAAUCCCAGCAUGAUGUUAAUCUUUCCCUCCAAAUUUUUCACCACGCUGGCAACUUCCACCCUGGUUUUUUCCAUAAUUACGAAACCUACCACUCCAUCAUCAACAAGCUCUGCCGUGCUCGGGCCUUUGAUAAAGUAGAGACCCUUUUAACUGAAUUACGAAAUUCCGGCAUCAAAUGUGGGGAAGUUUUGUUUGUAAAUGUGAUUCGGAACUAUGGGAUUGCUAGUAAGCCCAAAUUGGCCCUUAAGACCUUUCUGCGAAUUGAAAAAUUUGGAGUUCAGAGGUCAGUCAGAUCAUUUAAUGCUUUAUUGAAUGCUUUAGUACAAAACAAAGAGUAUGAUUUUGUUUACGCUUUGUUUAAGAAUUGCCAGAAGAAGUUGCAUAUAACGCCCAGUGUGUUUACUUGUAAUAUCUUGUUGAAUGCUCUCUGUAAGAAAGACGAUAUUAAUAGUGCAAUUAAAGUUCUUGAUGAGAUGCCUGUGAUGGGAAUAGUUCCCAAUGUUGUGAGCUACACAACCAUUUUGGGUUGUUAUGUAUCACUUGGUGAUUUAGUUGGCGCCAAGAGGAUGUUUGAUGAAGUUGUUGAUAGAGGGUGGUUGCCUGAUGCAACGACGUACACUAUCUUGAUGCAUGGUUAUGUUAAGCAAGGGAUGUUUAUUGAUGCAGCUAAGAUAAUGGAUGAGAUGGACGACAAUGGGAUUGGGCCAAAUGAAGUGACAUAUGGAAUUAUGAUUGAGGCAUUUUGCAAGGAAAAGAAGUCCGGUGAAGCUGUUAAUUUACUUAAUGAUAUGCUAGAUAAGAGGUAUAUACCAAGCCCAACACUUUGCUCUAAGGUGAUUGAUGUCUUGUGUGAAGAGGGGAAGGUUGAGGAGGCGUGUGAUUUGUGGAAGAAACUAUUGGUAAAAAAUUGUACUCCAGAUAAUACAAUAUCGAGCACACUUGUUCACUGGCUCUGUAAGAAGGGACAGAUUCGGGAAGCAAGGAAAUUGUUUGACGAGUUUGAAAAGAGUUCGAGUCCUAGUGUUUUGACAUAUAACAUGCUUAUUGCUGGGAUGCGUGAGAAAGGAGAACUGCAUGAAGCUGGGAGGUUAUGGGAUGACAUGGUAGACAAGGGUUGCAUUCCUAAUGCUUUUACUUACAACAUGUUGAUCAAAGGCUUUUGCAAAGUUGGAAAUGCUAAGGAAGGAAUUAGAGUUCUGGAAGAGAUGCUUGACAGAGGGUGUCACCCAAACAAAUCUACUUAUUCCAUCUUAAUCAAGGGGCUUCUUGACUCUGAACUCAACGCAGAAGUUUUAAGGGUGCUUGCUCUGGCAGCAUCAGGUGAUGUUGAUCCUGAAACUUGGGGAGUCCUUGUGGCCAAGUUUGUUACUGAUAUUCAAAAUGUAUGUUCCGUUUUGGAUAAGACAUUGUCAGAGAAUGAAGUGUAAAUGUUUGUUCUAACGUUCCUCAUGCCCAACAUUUGAUUCUAAAGGGGGAGCAAGCAUGGUUCACACAAGAAUUACCCAUUAAUGUGAGUUUUGGUGAUGGUCUCGGUGCCUGGUUCAAGAUGGUACAAGCUCCCCCGUGCAAACAUGUCUGAAGUUCAGAAGAACCUUGAUAUUCUUUGGACGACAGUGUCGGAGCCAUUUGUGGAAGGAGGCUGGAAAAUAAUAAUGUGAAGCAUGGGAUAUGCUGUUUGAUGACAACAUAAAAGGAUCAAACAAGUAAAAGGUCGGCUUUUAACCAUGUAUACAGCUCUACUGUAUUGCUCUGAGAUAGAGUAGGUUACUUAAUAUUGUUUUAAAUUAUGUCUGUCUUAUUAUGUGUAAAGGAAGAACAAAGUUGGAGAAUCAAUCCCUUAGCACUUCACAUAAAUAUUUAAAACACUACAUCAUCAUGAAAUGUCCACUUCCAUUCUUCACGUAUAAGUAGAAAGAAAACUAUGACCAAAACAUUGUGUUAUGUUAGUCAUUUCUAGUACUACAACAUAAGAGACUCUUCUUGCACUUGUCCAAUCACAUUACAGCCAAAAAAGAAGAAGAAGAAGAAGAGAGAUCUAUGGAAGAAAAAAAAAGCAAAGCCUUGAAGAAAAAUUGUCUACUUAGAGAUAUGAUGCCUAUACCAAGCAAACUUGCAUAAAAUUAUCUUGCUGCACUUCUCAAAAUGCUUCGGGAAUUGUUCCAAUAGAUAUUUUGUCCAUUUAUUUUCGUUUGAUUAAUGAAAGAAUCAGCACCCUCUCCCUGGCCUUGUUUGUGAUUUGCUGCGGAAAAAAAGUACUUCACAAGGAGGCAAGCAUCAUAACUGGAUAAGAUGCCUUCAUCUGCUUCAAAUAAGUUGUGAUUGGAAAUAGCUUUGAAAAGGGCAGGACUUUUCGAAAAGAUUCUUGCUGAGCUACUUUAUCCUGAUACAUAUAGAGAACUGCAUUGAUUUUUGUCCUAGAUGCAAUGACUAUUAAUAAGUGAGAUAGUUGUAUGACAAUGGACCAAUUGUACCGACUGAAUAUACCCGGUAAAUCUGUAAGAUAGCUGGUGUUGUUCUUAUUUAAGAUCUGUAGCAAUAUCGUGGGAGCUAACUGCAGUGCUAACUAUUCUGUAACCAUAUUAUACUGCGUGUCUGUUGUAAGUUCUUUAGUCCUUUUGUCUGAAUUCUCAUUGGCAAUAAUGUACUAGCCUCUUCAUUUUGGGCUCUCACUAAAUUUUGUUGUAGGAGGAAGGAGUGAAGCAGUUGCCGAUCUUUUUGUAAGAAACAUAUUCUGGCACCUUAGUAAUCCUGAUGCAUCCUUUUGCACGAAUCUUCAAGAACGCAACUUUGGAUAUCUUUCGAAGUAAAACUCCCAACGGCACCAUUUCCAGGUAUAUGAUAUUGAGAAGUGAGAACUAUCAAGAAUCUAGCUCAUGAUAGUCCUUUAGCUCGUUGUAUCUCAUAUAACAUGACAGCAUCUAGCUGAUUUCAAAGAGCCUGUGUGGAUUUGCAGUACUAAGGAGUUUUGAAUUUCUGAUUGUUUUUGUCUUAGUACAGUUGUUUUAUAGAAGCCUAAGCUGUUGUGCGUGCCACAUAAAGAGAUAAAAGGUGUCAAAAACACAUCUAAUUUUUUUUUUUUGAGUUUCAUACCUAAAUGAGUGAGUUUUAUACCUAAA